AUGAGAUAUUAUAAAAAGUUCUGGAGAACGAUUUAAGAAGAUGUGGGCGAUUUAAUACACUCUUGCAAAUGAAGCGUUUAACAGUGAUAAACCCCCGGAAGAUGUCCCAUCUGUAGAGGAAAAGAUAUGCACCAACAAACAAAUAUAAGCCAACCCGUUUAUCGCCAGUUCUAUCAACAUCAAUUUUCCAAUGUAACAAAGUGAAUCAAACGGUCGCACGCUAACGGAGUGAUGACAUGGUUCACUAGCUUCAUAUCACAAUGACAAUAUGUUAGGAGAAUGAGCACAAACUGAACGCACAACGAGAAGAUCACGUUGACGAUUGUUUUACAAUUGAGCAAAAAGAUCAUGUGUGCACUAAGCACAGGAAAAGAAACGUUAGUUACCUUCCCCUCGAGAUUUGUCAUUAAUCAGUUUCAUCUGCUUCUCCAUGUGCAGGUCCUUAGAGAACAUGAAAAGCAUUAUCUGCUGGGAUUCUAGGAAAAAUGCAAACAUUCAAUAUUUUAAGAAUUUCAUUUGGAAGUUGGCUUCGAACCCAUUUUUUAUGAGCUUGUGGAUGUUUGUGCGUGUUAUCUUGUAAAACUAAAUGACCACUCUCUCCCAUUGUAUUUAAAAAACAUGUUGUUUUCUUAUAUAAAUGGAUUAUUUUCUCCUAUUGUCCAAAACUGCCUUUUUUGUUUGUUGGUAGUUGUGAAUAACUGACCAAUUAAAAUGGCAUAUUCUUGUUCCAUCUCUUGUGAGAAAAGGGGUGAAAAAGAUAAGAGAUAAGGCCAGGCCAAAAAAUACCGUAGUCCGUAUAGAUGAAAAGAUGAAGCGAAAGAGUUGGAAAGAGAUUGUUGCGUGCCAAGGCAGAACGAUCAAAAACCAACACUCGUUCAUUGCCCGCGUAAUCGGCCGGUACUGUCCGGAGCGAGGCGCUGAUUAGCUCUGGUCAUCUCUUGAGACACACAGUAUUGAUCCCGAGAUUUCCAAUCGCGUGAGACAACGAAGGGAGCCGUAAGGAAGAUCUAGCGUUGGUUGUGUGAGGUGCUGGUCCGGUGCCAAAUAGUGGAGGGAAUCUCUAGUGCGUUGAUGUGUCGCGCACAUAAUCAGCUAUCUGAACCACCACAUUCAGUAGAACCACACCGUGUACGAACACUAGCGAAAAAAGGAACUUGCGCCACGACGUCGACGAACCGCGUACCCUGGCACUGUUGCAUCCAGUGUCUACGAGUGCCACAGAGGAUCGUUGGUGCUUUUAAUCGUCGAAUCGUGUAGCUCUGUACUGCAUGAUGAUGCAGUUUUUGCCUCUUACAGAAUGUGUACCACUGCUCGCGAGCCAAUAUGCUGCUAUCAAGAUGUCUAACGCCGGAAUAGAAUACAGCGAGCUAAACGACCGCACGAAAGGAAGCCACGACAGCCCGAGCCACACGUCCGAUACGGCUUAUGAAUCAUGUCUAAGUCCCCUUCAGCCGAACGAUAGUAGCAGCUUCAAUGCAAUCAAUGUGUGCGCGAUCUGCUGUGAUCGUGCCACUGGUAAACACUACGGUGCCGCUUCUUGCGAUGGAUGUAAGGGAUUUUUUCGACGGAGCGUAAGAAAGAACCACACCUACUCCUGCAGAUUCUCCCGAAACUGCGUGGUGGACAAAGACAAAAGGAACCAGUGUCGGUAUUGUAGAUUGAAGAAAUGCUUCAAAGCUGGCAUGAAAAAAGAAGCGGUCCAAAACGAGCGGGACCGUAUAAGUUGCCGCAAGCCAAGCACCGAUGAUAAGAACACCAUCAGCGGACUGUCGGUGAAGUUUUUACUUCGAGCAGAAAACUUCAGCCGCCAUUUUGGGGCCGCUUUGGACGAGACGAAUGAUGCUGAGGAAGCGGACCUGUCAUCGAAGCGCUUCGCCAGCAUCAACGAUGUAUGCGACUCGAUGAAACAACAGUUGUUGAUAUUGGUCGAAUGGGCCAAAUCGAUCCCUGCGUUCGCCGAACUACAGCUGGACGAUCAAGUUGCACUUCUGCGAGCGCACGCCGGUGAACAUUUGCUGUUGGGGCUGUCGAGGCGAUCCAUGCAUUUGCAGGAUAUGCUGUUGCUGGGGAACAAUUGCAUCAUUACGAAGCAGUGCCCGGAUGCGAACAUGUCACCGAAUUUGGACAUUUCCCGUAUCGGGGCACGCAUCAUCGACGAGCUUGUGAGUGCCAUGAAAGAAAUACAAAUCGACGAUUCAGAGUUGGCCUGCAUAAAGGCGCUAGUGUUUUUCGAUCCGAGUGCAAAAGGACUGAACGAACCCGCCAAGAUUAAAUCACUCAGGCAUCAGGUUCUAAAUAAUCUUGAAGAUUACAUAUCAGACAAACUGUAUGAUUCGAGAGGAAGAUUUGGAGAGAUUCUGUUGCUAUUGCCAGUGCUUCAAUCGAUAACGUGGCAGAUGAUUCAACAAAUAGAGCUUGCCAAAAUGUUCGGUGUUGCACAUAUUGAUAGCCUUCUGCAGGAAAUGCUGCUAGGAGGUGAUGCUAUAGAUACCUCAUCGACGAUCACCUCACCGAUAAAUAUGAUGAACACUAACAACAGUCCAUCUGAUUCGUGUGAUACGACGCAUCUCGCUACCACAAUGAGCACGGCCGUGGACCAUGAAACGCAAGACCCUCUAGUACAAAUGUCGUCCCUAAACGGACCCAGUUACGGUGGCGAUCCCGACAAUUUGCUCAUAUCGCCGAUGGACACGGUUCCCGGUGGAAACAGUUACUGUUCCCGUAAAACAACCGGACAAACGACGCCCGAUUCCUUAAAUGGACAGCUACAUGGGCCGAGAAGUGGUGAUGGAGUUGACGUCCCGGCAGACGUUAGCUAUAUGCAACAUCAAACACAUCAAGGCCAAACGCAGCAGCGCCAUGUGACGACCAGCAAUUCAACGGAUGCGCAUGUGACGGUAGCGGACAUAUACUUCCACGCGCCAACGAACAUAGGUCCACCGUCGUCGUUGCAGCUCGAUAGUGACGUGGCAAUGUACAACAACAACAGUCUGAACUGCUGUCAAGGCGGAAUGAUCCAUACUGGCAAGAGUUGCGAGGUGGUGAAAAUCGAAACCAAACGGGAACCGGAAAAUGCCUAACACCAAAAUCUUCCCUUGCCUUCUUCUAGCCCAAAGCUAUCAGCUAGCAUAGCCAUUAAGAGCGAUGUAAUAUGGAUCCCAUGUGCAAUGUUAGGGUAAAGCAUAGAACUCGAUUGAUAUUUACCGUGCUGCAGGUUAGGAAUGCCAUGUGCAUCUGACUUCUAUUAAGUUGGUUUUCGUUAAAUUUGUUUUUACAUUACUUUCUUUGUUAAAAUAGGUUCUAAUUUUUGUAUUUUUUUGUUGGAUAUCUGUCGGUUCUUCGGUUAUGGGAAAUUGUGACAAUGUUAAGCGCGGCACAAUCAGCAAACUGGAAGCUAUGAAGUUGUGAGUUUUUUACACAAGUUUUAUCCCUUCCUACUGUGCUUUGGCGUAGCUAAUAUUUUGUAGGUGUGAUGGUUUUUUCCUUCUUAGUUUUCUUAUAUAAAUGGCAAGAAAGUUAGGAACCAAUGUUAUAAUUGUAAGAAUAACAAUGCUAGUAAUAGUAAUAUGAAAACAAAAGUCAAACUCAUUCUGUGAGAUGUAGGUUUUUUGCUGUACAUAUACAACAGGGUGGUGUGCAUUCGGGCGGUGAUUGUUAUACUCUUUGCGUAGUUUAGGUAUUUAGGAUUCUAGCGCCACUAUUCCUCCCUCAUUUUCCUCCUUCCACACCCCAUAUGAUAUAUGAUCCAAUGUGACGUAAAGGAAACUUCUAUAGACUUGUUUUUCUCUUCUGUUUUCUGGGACGAAAAGUGCAAAUAAAACGACUGUUAUUUACUGUUUCCAGUUCGGGCAGCGAUGCGGUGCU